AAGCUUCUGGAAGCGCGCGCGCGUGCGAGCCUCUCUUCCGGUAGACUCCGCGUGAAACUGCGCUCCGGUUCCCAGCAGCAUGUCGGCGGUGAAAGCGCUUAACCCGAAGGCGGAGGUGGCCAGGGCUCACGCGGCUCUGGCGGUGAACAUCAGCGCGGCUCGGGGCCUCCAGGACGUGCUGAGGAGUAACCUGGGACCCAAAGGAACGAUGAAGAUGCUUGUGUCCGGAGCCGGAGACAUCAAGCUCACCAAAGAUGGGAACGUUCUGCUGCACGAGAUGCAAAUCCAGCACCCCACUGCCUCACUGAUUGCCAAGGUGGCCACGGCCCAGGAUGACAUCACCGGAGACGGCACGACCUCUAACGUGCUGAUCAUCGGAGAGCUCCUGAAGCAGGCGGACCUCUACGUCUCCGAGGGUCUUCACCCUCGGGUGAUCGCCGAGGGCUUCGAGGCUGCGAAGGACAAGGCUCUGGAGGUGCUGGAGGAGGUGAAGGUGGUGAAGGAGAUGGACCGAGAGACUCUCAUCAACGUCGCCCGGACGUCCCUCAGGACCAAGGUCCACGUGGAGUUGGCUGAUUUACUAACAGAGGCUGUGGUGGAUGCUGUUCUGGCCAUCAGGAAACCCAACGAGCCCAUCGACCUCUACAUGGUGGAGAUCAUGGAGAUGAAGCACAAAACCGACAGCGAUACACAACUGAUCAGAGGGCUGGUCUUGGAUCACGGAGCCAGACAUCCAGACAUGAGGAAGAGGGUGGAAGACUCUUUCAUUCUCACCUGCAACGUUUCCUUGGAAUACGAGAAAACAGAAGUGAACUCUGGGUUCUUCUACAAGAGCGCAGACGAGAGAGACAAGCUGGUGAAGGCGGAGAGGAAGUUCAUCGAAGAUCGGGUGAUGAAAAUAAUCGAGCUGAAGAAUAAAGUGUGUGCUGAUAAUAAGAAGGGCUUUGUGGUCAUCAACCAGAAGGGCAUCGAUCCGUUCUCUCUGGACGCUCUGGCUAAAGAAGGCAUCGUGGCGCUGCGUCGAGCAAAGAGACGAAACAUGGAGAGGCUGACUCUGGCCUGUGGUGGCGUAGCUAUGAACUCGGUGGACGAUCUGACCCCGGAGUGUCUGGGUCACGCCGGACUCGUGUAUGAACACACACUGGGAGAGGAGAAAUACACGUUCAUCGAGGAGUGUGGAAACCCUCGCUCUGUGACGCUGCUGGUGAAGGGACCCAACAAACACACCCUGACUCAGAUCAAAGACGCCGUGAGAGACGGACUCAGAGCCGUCAAGAACGCCAUCGAAGACGAGUCGGUGGUGGCGGGGGCCGGAGCGUUCGAGGUGGCCGUCGCUGAUGCUCUGGUUAAACACAAGCCCAAAGUGAAGGGCCGAGCCCAGCUGGGUGUGCAGGCGUUCGCUGACGCCCUCCUCAUCAUCCCUAAGGUUCUGGCUCAGAACUCCGGCUACGAUCCUCAGGAGACUCUGGUGAAGCUGCAGAGUGAAUUCAAAGAGAGCGGAGCGCUGGUGGGAGUAGAUCUGAGCACAGGUGAGCCCAUGAUAGCCGGAGAGGCCGGGGUCUGGGAUAACUACAGUGUGAAGAAACAGCUGCUUCAUUCCUGCACGGUCAUCGCCAGUAACAUCCUCCUGGUGGAUGAGAUCAUGAGAGCCGGCAUGUCUUCACUCAAAGGCUGAGUGUAGAGAAGAAGGACUCGAGACUUCACCCCAUGCUGUUGUCCUUGUAUUUAUGAGCUCUGAAGCGUGUCUCCUGCAGUCAGCUGGUUUAUGUUAGUUGUGUUACAGAAGCACUGAAUUGCAAUACACACUUUUCUUUGUACCCAUUAAUGUUUUUGGUGUUCUUGAAUACAUCUGUUAGUGCAUCAGGUCACUAAAAUACUCCUGAUUUUGAUCCAUCUGCACGAA